AUGGUGGAAAUGAGGAAAUCUGGGGGUAUUAGACCGGAGUCUGAAUUGGCGGCGAAGUGCCGAGAUGAGCUACCGGUGAAGCUGGAGAUCGUGGAGGAUGAUUUGGAAGAAGCGCACGGUCCUCUUAACAAGCGAUCUAAGUUAUGGAGCUCGGGGACUAGCUCAUUGUCAAUGGCACCAGCCAAGUAUAACCCGCUUGAUGAGCCGAGUCCUCUUGGACUGAGCCUUAGGAAGAGUCCGUCUCUGUUAGAGCUGAUUCAGAGGAGACUGGCGGAAAAUGGUGACCAGAAGAAAUCGGAGACGCUGCAUGUCGGUGCUGUUGGCUCUGGUCUCAAGAGAGAAAGUAAAAGUAUUACUGCUGCAUCAGUUGGAGCGACUCUGGCGCCAGGAAGCAUUGAGAAACUGAAAGCUUCCAACUUUCCUGCUACGCUGUUGAAGAUCGGGCAGUGGGAGUAUAAAUCAAGGUAUGAAGGUGAUUUGGUGGCAAAGUGCUACUUCGCAAAACACAAACUUGUUUGGGAAGUGUUGGAACAAGGUCUCAAGAGUAAAAUCGAGAUCCAAUGGUCAGAUAUCAUGGCUUUGAAGGCAAACUGUCCUGAAGAUGGACCUGGAACAUUGACUCUCGUGCUUGCUAGGCAGCCCUUGUUUUUCCGGGAAACGAACCCACAGCCUAGAAAGCAUACUUUGUGGCAGGCGACAUCAGAUUUUACCGAUGGCCAAGCCAGCAUGAACAGGCAGCAUUUCCUGCAAUGUGCUCAAGGGAUAAUGAACAAACAUUUCGAAAAGCUCGUUCAAUGUGAUCAUCGCCUGUUCCAUCUGAGCAGACAGCCGGAGAUGGUUGUGGACUCUCCCUUCUUUGAUUCUCGGCAAUCUAUUUUUGAGGAUCCAAGUGAAUCCAAAGGCCAUCUUUAUGGGCUUAACACAGGUCCUUCAAUCUCUGGGACUCAUAAUUUAGCAUCUCCCGCUGGACCUCAGUCAUCAUCUGAACACAUGUAUCUGUCUCAUGAAGCACCAUCUCCCAGCUCAGUGAUAGAUGCUCGCGCAAAUGAAGGAAGUCGGGGUGCUGAAGUAGUCAACUCAAGAAACACAAUGGAUUGUCGUCGGACCGGAGUAGCUGGUCUACAGCCGUCUUUGUCACUGAGCGAUUUCCUUGCACUUCUCAAUGAUCCAAAAAACGCAACGGAUUCGAGUCAGGUUGAAGAAGUAGCUGGAAUGCGCCAAUCCAUGUCAGUGAGUGAUUUCGUUGCAAUGCUAUCUGAUUCAAGAAACAUAACGGAAUCGAGUCAGAUAAAAGUACCUGGACUUCAACAAUCCAUGUCGGUGAGCGACUUUGUUGGACUUCUCUCUGAUACUGCUGGUGGAAUUUAUCCGGAACAUGUGGAGCAAUUUGAGAACAUGAAACAGCAGUUGCUAAGUGACAGUAUCCAGUUCGAUACAGCAGAUGAGAAGUCUCUCAUGCCAAGGGUUAAUUCUUUAUUCAACCUCUUGUACAAGGAUCCGAACGUCGCUGCAAACUCACAGCUGAAUUCCGAAACCUCGGUUGGAUUGAAGUCUGAACCCAGUGACCUGAAGGGAAUGGUGUCUGACAACAACAACAACAACAACUACAACAACAGAGUUCUUGAUCCAGCUUCCAGCAGCAAACCACAGGGCAUCUUGAGGAAAGAUUCAUUCAGCGAUUUGCUAUUGCACCUGCCCCGGAUCACAUCCUUGCCAAAGUUCUUGUCCAACAUUUCAGAAGAAGAUGGUGAUGCAUAUAAUAGAUAA